GGUGUGCGCGGUCGAGCACACACACGCCGAUAUGAAAAAGGAAAGUAGGGUACGACUCUCAUGUAGAUGCGUUUUUGCCAAUUUGACAUAUGAGUAAGCGUGCGGUCGGUGGGUGAGAGUGGUAUGCGCGCGCUCGCGGAUCUGCAUUUCCAUUGACUCUUCUUUUUUAAUCUGAGAGCGACGAAAGAGAGAGAGAGAUCAGUGGACGAGAGACGGACUCCGCCUUUGCCCUCGCCCAAUACCGAGCCCCCGGUUCAGUGAAGGGGGAAAUCACAGAUCUGCUAGCUAAUGCCGGAGUCCCUCUGUUUGCGUCGACUCCGGGCGUAGAGAUGAUGGGCUUCCCGUAACUGGAGGUGGAGGGGAGAGGCGGGGGGUGGGGGUAGCGAGAAAAGAGGAGGGGUGGGUUGAAAAAAAAAAAAACACGAAGAGAAACAAAAGCACAGUUGUGGGUGCCUGAAACCAUGCGAGAUUUGCACUAUUCUCAAAGACCGCUGCUCUAUCCGUGGACCAUGUCGUGAGGUGUGGCUCCGGCGCUCGGGAUACUGCCAAUAGAUACGCCUGGGAGCGGGGCAAAAGAUGUCCGCCUCGGUAGGGGCCCAAAGCGGCCCUCGCCCACCCACCGUGCCGGCUCCCAUGCCUGAUAUGCCGGACUUGAGUCACCUCACGGAGGAGGAAAGGAAAGUCAUCAUGGCAGUGAUGGUUCGGCAGAGGGAGGAAGAAGAGAAGGAACAAGCCAUGCUAAAGACACUGCACCAGCAGUUUGAGAGUUAUAAGGAGCAGGUGAGGAAGAUUGGGGUAGAAACCAAACGACAGCAGGCUGUCCAUAAAGAUGAUGCACCUACCUGUGGCAUCUGCCGUAAGACCAAGUUUGCAGAUGGCUGUGGGCAUCUGUGUUCCUACUGCCAGACCAAGUUCUGCGCCCGCUGUGGGGGAAGAGUGUCGCUGCGCUCAAAUAACGAGGAUAAAGUGUGUCUCAUAGGGAAAGACAGGGUGAUGUGGGUAUGUAACCUGUGCAGGAAACAGCAGGAAAUCCUAACUAAAUCAGGAGAAUGGUUUUCAUCAGGGCCUGGGGGGAGGCCUCUUAGUGUGGGCGCUCCCCUCAGUGUCCCUGAGUUGGAGAAGGACAGGAAGUUGCGCUCCAGAUCACAGGCUCCGGUUGCUAACGACACUCUGCCACCCAGCGCUGGUGCUGGUGACCCCACCAAGGGAGCAGAUACGAUGCCCGCUUCACGCUCCCGCAGUGAACCACCACGAGACAAGAAGAGACCAGUGUCCCUGCACGAGCAGAAUGGAAAGGUGGUGGGACGUGGAGAGAGAAGGCGAGGCCCAGGCCGGUUGUCAUCACAGGCCUCUGAAGACCGAGCUCCAGGUGAGAAGCGUGACAGCAGACGAUUGGAGAAAGGCCAUUCGCAGGAAUAUCCAGAAAAUGAGCCCACCCAUCCCGAGCGGCGAAGGAGACAGGAAGAGGAAGAGCGAGAGCGUCAAAGACGAGAGGAAGAGUAUCAGACUCGGUACCGCAGUGACCCAAACCUCGCACGCUACCCUGUCAAACCGCAGAAGGAGGAACAGGAAAUGCGUAUGCAUGCCAAAGUGUCCAAAAUGCGUCAGGAGCGUCAUCACAGCGACCUAGCCAUCAACGAAGUUGGAUUAAUGCAAGAUGGGAGUGAGGCGGCUGGAAAUCGCAUGAGCAGGCAACGAGUGGCUAGCAACGAAGACCGCAAGGCCUUUUUAGAAAACCAUCGAGCUUAUUCUGUGGACAGGACCGGGGGGGGUGGCAUUGGGGGACAUGGAUCCCUCGCUAAACAGGGCCACGGUGGCCCUCAAGUGGGCCCUACUGGGCCCCCAGACCUCAGGGACGGAAAGGACUGGGGCCCAAAGGGGCAUCUGGAACCUGGGUCCGCAGCUUUUCUGCAUAGGGCUAAGCGGGAAAAGGCUGCAGAAAUCAUGCGUAAAGAUUCUUCUCUUAGCUCGGACCAAUCUGAGUCAUUACGGCCACCUCCACCUAGAGCCUAUAGACCCAAACGAGGCCUCAACAAAAGACAGAUGUCCAUCAGUAGCUCGGAAGAAGAGGGUGGCUCCACUCCUGAAUACACCAGCUGUGAGGACGUGGAGAUCGAAAGUGUUAGUGAAAAAGGUGACUGGGACUGUCAUCCUCUGGACCCAACUGUGUGGCAUCAUCCAGUGAGCUGGCAGCCAUCCAAAGAGGGAGAUCAUUUGAUUGGCCGCAUCACUCUAAGUAAGCGCUCCACCAUGCCGCGAGAAGCCGGUUCUCUGCUGGGUCUGAAGGUGGUUGGUGGAAAAAUGACAGAGUCAGGGAGACUGGGGGCCUUUAUCACCAAAGUAAAGAAAGGAAGUUUGGCUGACAUUGUAGGCCAUUUACGAGCAGGCGAUGAGGUGUUACAGUGGAAUGGAAAGGCGUUGCCUGGAGCAACUAAAAAGGAAGUGUACAAUAUUAUUCUGGAGUCCCAGUCAGCACCUCAAGUGGAAAUAGUUGUUUCCAGACCAAUUGGAGAUACUCCAAGACUUCCAGGAACAUCACAUCCUCCUCUAGAAUCAACUGGGUCGAGUUCUAUAGAUGAUUCCCAAAAGAUGGACCGUCCAUCCAUCUCUGUAAUGUCACCGACUAGUCCUGGGAUGUUGAGAGACCUCCCUCUGGUACUGCCAGGCCAGCUGUCGGUGAAAUUAUGGUAUGAUAAAGUGGGCCAUCAGCUUAUUGUCAAUGUCCUACAAGCACGAGAACUGCCCCCUCGACCAGACGGACGACCCAGAAAUCCUUAUGUCAAAAUGUAUUUUCUUCCUGAUAGAAGUGACAAGAGCAAGAGACGGACGAAAACGGUGAAGAAGAGUGCAGAGCCAAAGUGGAACCAGACCUUCCUGUAUUCUCACGUCCACCGCAGAGAUUUCAGAGAGCGCAUGCUGGAGAUCACUGUUUGGGAUCAGCCCAGAGCCCAGGAGGAAGAGAGUGAAUUUCUGGGAGAGAUUCUGAUCGAGCUGGAAACAGCUCUAUUGGAUGACCAGCCACACUGGUACAAAUUGCAAACCCAUGAUGUUUCAUCCCUACCAUUGCCUCAGCCAUCCCCCUGCCUCCCUCGCAGACAUGUUCAUGGAGACAGUCCAAGUAAAAAACUGCAAAGAUCUCAUCGCAUCAUUGAAACAGAUUAUGAUGAUGGUAUAACGGUAGUGUCCUCAGCAGCAGAGAGGAACUCCAGAGACAGAGAGAGGUCAAGCACACUGACCGUACCUGAGAGACAGGCGGCCAUACAGCAUCGCUCGCGGUCAGUAUCCCCACACAGAGAAGACCAAUGCAGAGCCCGCUCUCGACCUGCACACGUCCCUAUGCAGAGGAGUCUGGAUGAGAUCCACAAAAACCGCCAUCAUUCCUAUUCUCCCUCUCACUACCACGACUCCCACCAGGAACAUCGCUCCGGAGAUUCUGACUAUGAAUAUUCAGAGGACAGCGAGGUCCUGGAGAUGCACAGAUCAAUCCGAGGUGGGAGUGCUGAGUGCCUGCAUACAAACAGUGAUCUUCAGCCUUCAUUAGACAGAGUAAGAAGUGCCAGUACGACUUGUUUGAGACCAGAGUCAAACUUCCACUCAUCUGAAAGAGAAAGUCAUUUUCCAUCUCACAGGCAUUCUGCCAAUUUGGAUAGGCCAAGCUGUCAGAUAGCUGACAAGAAAACCAUUGAUGGCGACAGACUUCAGCCCACCUCUAUCCUCAGGGGUGGCAGGAGGAUGAGAGAGCCUCCCCUCAGGCCCUUUGGCCAGAGCAGCUUAGGGGGUUCCUGCCCUAACUCCCCACGAGCUGACAGAGAACUUCAGCAUGGUGGACAUUAUUCCCCGGCAGGGACUAUUUUUUUGGGGGGAUGUUGCUGGGAGCUGCCACAACUCCCUGCAAAGAGCAGCAGUAUAGAGCAAGCACUAGCAGUGGAAGAGCGAGCUCGUCAGUUGCAAAUGAGAGUACAUUCCUAUCGGCCAGGCUCUUCUGCCAGCUCUGGUCAUGACCCAGAGGCAGAGCUCAAAAACAGGAGAGAUAUGUAUAAGGAUCAGAAGAGGAGUUGUGAUAACAUGUCUGCGAGGUCAUCAGACAGUGACAUGAGCGAUGUAUCAGCUAUCUCCCGUGCCAGCAGUGCCUCACGGCUGAGCGCCACCAGCUACAUGUCCAUCCAGUCUGAGAGACCACAUGGGAGAAUCAGGUCGAAGUCGUUGGAGAGUUGUAAAGGAGAUGAAAAGAAAGAGAGAAGGAUUUCAUGGGGGGUGAAUGGAACAGACAACAGGAGGAGUCUGGGAAAGAGACGUUUCUCUGAGGAGCUUAAACGCAGACGUCAUACGGUGGCUGGAGAUGUGAGUCGACAAGUCAGAGCCUCAUCUGGUCGAAGCAUGCUAAAGAGCACAAGCGUUAGCGGUGACAUCAACACGUCGGAGCGAACGGACGGCAGCCAGUCUGACACUGCCCUGGGAACAGUUGGAACCGGAGCGAAAAAGCGCCGCUCCAGCCUCAAUGCUCGAUUCGUUGCUAUCGUGGGAAACCGUCGCAGCCGAAGCACCUCACAGAUCAGUCAAACAGAGGCAUCCAGUAAGAAGUCAAAGGGCAGUCAAGGGACGAUCCAGCGCAGUCAGGAGACGGGAAUGGCUGUGGAAUUGCAGAGGAAUAUGAGUCGUCAACCCAGCCGUGAAUCUAACAACGGAAGCAUGAACAGCUACAACUCUGAGGGCAGUCCAAUCUUCCCAGCAGUUCGAGUCGAGACUCAGUUCAGUGACUUCCUGGAUGGACUGGGCCCUGCUCAACUAGUUGGUCGACAAACCCUUGCCACACCAGCAAUUGGUGACAUUCAGAUUGGCAUGGUGAAUAAGAAAGGCCAGCUGGAGGUGGAGGUGAUAAGAGCACGAGGUCUCAUCCAAAAACCAGGGUCCAAAUCACUCCCCGCUCCUUAUGUCAAAGUCUAUCUUCUACACAAUGGGGCGUAUGUAGCUAAGAAGAAGACAAAAAUUGCACGCAAGACACUCGACCCGCUGUACCAGCAAACGCUGCAGUUUGAAGAAAGUCCACAGGGUAAAGUGUUACAAGUAAUUGUAUGGGGAGAUUAUGGACGAAUGGACCACAAAUCAUUCAUGGGAGUUGCACAAAUCCUACUAGAGGAACUGGACCUCUCCAGCAACGUGAUUGGCUGGUACAAACUUUUCCCGCCUUCUUCCCUAGUCGACCCAACUCUUGCCUCUCUAACUCGACGUGCUUCUCAGUCAUCCCUGGACAGUUCGCCGGCACCUGCGGGGGUUCGAUCGUAGUGGGCUAAUAACAUAAAGCACAGUCUGAGAGACAACAGGACAACAAUAAGAGCCAGGCAGAAAAUGCGAUGAAAUAACACAAAGCUUUGUUCAAAUCUGACAAUCACUCCUGUGACUUUGUUUUUGUUUUCCUCUUUGUUGGUAGCCCGUGUUCUGCCAAAUUUGUUUGUCCUAAAUGAAAUCGUUUGUUUCUCUCACUGUUUGUCGCGUGAGAUUUAGGGCUGUCUACACUAGCACGCGGGAAGCACCGCUUUAGGGCGACAUAGAAAGCAGUGUGACAUUCAGUCAAGUCUUCAUUGAAAUGUACGUUAGCUAGUUUUUAACAGAGCAUCAGAAUGUAUCAACCCAAAAACAAAGGUGACCUCUGACCAAGGGAUUGUGGGGCCUCAGUCGAGGCCCUAUCUAAACCCUAUUUGUACUGAAAGUGUAAUGUCAGGAACUUGAAAGAUGUAGGGCGUCCCCUGGGGAGGUUGUUUGGAAGGGCAGGGCCUUUCUUGGUGCCUAAACCUGGAGGACCCAAAGCCAUGGUCUUUUUCAUCCAAAAAAGUUCCUCUGUUUUCAACGUAUGUGACACCUAACGGAGGCCGCUCUCGUAGUUUAUUUCACUUCUUUUUUUAAUGAAAAACAACAGGUUUGUGUUGUCCAGUGUACUGCGAAAAUGACAGGAAAUGCUAAAAAUGAGAUCGAAGACAACGUAUCUGGAAAUACAUUUCUUUGCACAUUUUUAUUUACUUUUAUCAACUGAAACUAUUACAUUAUGCUACAGUACGUUGCAAUACAUCAUCUUAUUCAGUGAACUGAAUUCGAUUUUUAGAUGUUUACACUUAUCAUUAAAUGCUAUUAAAAAGUAGAUAUUUAGUUCAUGAAAAACACUAUGUACCAAGAUAAACAUAUUUGUGUACUUGUACAAUUUCCAUUUUGGUAAGGUCUUUGGUAAAGGAAAUCUAUACAGUUAUGUUUUCAUCUGUCAAGUAAAUCUUGAUACAUAGAGUUUUUCAGACACUAAAGCUUUGUUUGAUGCUAAGUGUUUGUGCAGACGUACAUUUCUCUUUUUGAUAUAUGUGGUUUAGCAAAAGCCACUUUCAACCUAUACUGUACCACUCUGAGGUCACACGAUUGGCCCGAGCCCUUGCACAUACGUCUUUAUUUUGAAUUAAAAAUGCAAGCACAAAAGCUUGAUUUUUACAUUUAAAAAAAAAUAUAUAUAUAUAUAAAAAAUUAAAUCAAGACAACUAGCUUGUUAAUUGCAUUUCCACUUUGUGUACUUGAGAGAAAACAGAGAAAAGAGUCAUGCAAAUGCAAAUUCCUCUCGUGUGUCUCUGUAAAUGUUGAAGUGACCAAUCCGAUUUUGCCAUUACGAGCAUAAACACCAAUCAUCUAUCAGGCCACUGGCCCCUCCCUCCAGUGCGGCGGAGCAGCAUGACUCGGAUCAGUUCCCAGCUGCAUGCACAUUUUUGUAAAACAGACUACACAAAUGUUAAAAAGUAACAGAAAUAGAUAUGUGUUAGUUCAACAUACUGUAGGCCAGCUUGUAUGUUGCAUGUACCUGUACAGUUUGCUUGUACUUGAAUAUAAGAGAUAAACCAAGAAAAAGAAGCCAUUUGCUUUCACUCAGACUUUUCAGAUCAGCUAAAAAACUAGUUCAUGUCCUCCAUUCAGUGCUGAAUGUUGCAGCAUAUUUUCUUUCCAUUUUUCUUUUUCUUUUUUUUUUCUUUUUUUUUGAUUAUUGCUUUUUAGUCUUUUAUAUCCCUUAGGGGGAAGUGCUGUACUGUAACACUGAACAAAAACUAACCUCCCUCAUGUUUUACAGAUUUUACUGUAUCAUAAUUUACCUCAAAACCACAGAAAUUAACCUAGAAAAUGUGUAUACAUCCCAUCAAGUUAUUCAAGAGUAUACAGAUAUCAAAACAGGAAAUGUCAAAAAUAUAUCAUACAUACACAACAGUAUCCAUGUUAAAUAUAAAUGUAGAUGCACAGAGACUUAUUAGUGCAUGUGUUGUAAAUAUGAGACGACCAUGUGGUUAAGCCAUAUUUGCAAAGGGGCCAAGGCUUACUUUUGAGAACAACCAUCCCAAUACGAGGGACCGCUGAGCGGACACCUUUCUCAUCCUAUGGGUCCAAAUCUAGAGCUCUCACUGUCACUUUUAGAGGGCCGAACCACUCCGCUCUAAAGCUGUAGCCAGAUCGUCAUUUUCUCUGUGCUUUCGAGCCAAAUUCUUCACCUCUGCUAUCAGAACAAUUUGAUUGUUUUUCUUCAUGAGAGACAGGUGUUUCUUUUACUUGAUCAGUAUUCUUGGGUAGAGGAGAAAAACAAUGCUGACUGUUUACAACUUCUAGUAUGUGUUCCACUGAGAUGAUGAAAAAGAAAAAGUAUUCACUGCAACAUUUCUGUUUGUAUACAGGUGUGGCUCAUACGAUGUGUAUGUUUUAUAUUAAAAAAAAAAUAAUAAUGAAAAAGAGAGUUCAUUUUUAUUAUUUCCAAAUAAAAAAAAAGUGUGUGAAAGAAAUUU